CCAUCUGCUUUCUGAGGGACAGGAUCCAGAAACAUGGCAAGCAGCAUGAGCCAAAUGUUCACUGGGGCUGGUUUAGCCAUCUUGCUGUUUCUUCACUACAGCUCAGCUUUAAACCUGGUUUGCUACUUCACCAACUGGGCUCAGUACAGACCAGAGAGAGGGCGAUUCCUCCCCGAGAACAUCGAUCCCAACCUGUGCACUCAUCUCAUUUAUGCAUUUGCGGGAAUGAAUGAGAACAAGAUCACAACAGUGGAAUGGAAUGAUGAGAAACUCUAUCAGGAUUUCAAUCAACUCAAACAUAGGAAUCCAAGCCUGAAGACGCUUUUAGCUAUUGGCGGAUGGAAUUUUGGUUCUGCAAAGUUCUCAGCCAUGGUGGCUACUCCUGCCAAUCGCCGGACAUUUAUUCACUCUGUGGUUUCAUUCCUGCGAAAGUAUGGUUUUGAUGGCCUAGAUCUAGAUUGGGAAUAUCCUGCAGACAGAGGCAGCCCUGCAGAGGAUAAACAACGCUUCACUUCUUUGGUUCAGGAAAUGUCUAGUGAAUUCCAGGCAGAAGCCCAGGCGACAGGGAAGGAAAGGCUACUGCUGACUGCUGCUGUGGCUGCUGGGAAGACAACCAGCGACAAAGCCUAUGAAAUUUCCAAGAUCUCACAGCAUCUGGAUCUUAUUAACCUCAUGACAUAUGAUUUUCAUGGAUCUUGGGAAAAGGUCACGGGCCAUGUCAGCCCCCUAUACCCUGACACGGAUGCCGCUGUACAGUAUUGGAAGAGCAAGGGUGCACCAGCUGAAAAGAUUGUCCUGGGAAUGCCACUGUAUGGAAAAACCUUCACCCUUUCUUCCUCACAGACUGGACUUAAUGCACCAGCCUCAGGGCCUGGAACACCUGGUACUUUCACAAGAGAGGCUGGAUUAUUGGCUUAUUAUGAGGUCUGCAUUUUUAAACAAGGUGCCACUACAAAAGUGAUUCCGGAGCAGAAGGUUCCAUAUUCUUUCAAGGGAAACCAGUGGGUAGGGUAUGAUGAUGUGGACAGCAUUAAAAAUAAGGUCAUAUAUUUGAAGCAGAAUAACCUAGCGGGUGGCAUGGUUUGGGCCAUGGAUCUGGAUGACUUCAGCAAUUCUUUUUGCAACCAAGGAGCAUACCCACUUCUGCAAACACUGAAGAGAGAGCUGGGUUCCAGAGGUUAA